GCCGAAGGCUACAUCUUCAAAUUCACGUAAGUAACUGCACAGGCAUAGCUUAGUGCUCGCGCUUCUACGUUGCCCUCCGACGACGUCCACCAAAUACUAAUAGCCGUAAGACGUGGCUCUGUAUUGUUUUGCUCCAGUUUCUAGCUGCGUUUUAAUAUUUUUUCAAGUUUAUUUUUUGUCAGGAACAGGAAGGCACUGCGACGUCGCACUUUCUAUUUGUUUUUGUUGCGAAGAAAAAAAUUAACAAAAAAAAUGUUGGCGUCGCGGCGCGUGAUUGCCUCUUUGCUCCUUGUAGGAUCGACCGCUUGUCGUGGUGCCUUUACAGCGCCUUCUUCGUCCUCAAGUCUAUCCUAUGUGAAAACGUCCCCACCCCAUAAUUGCCAUGUGCUUUAUUUUGGUCUCUUCCAGUUGUACAUAAACGCCCCAUGGUUGUCAUGCAAAUCUGCAUGCUUAAAUCUAUAAAUGAAAAUGUUUGCGUUUCUCAUACGGAGCCCCAUGAGAAGCGUUUUCUAGUCGUGUUUCGGAAUUAGUGACGCAGCUCCGAUCAGGAUAAUAGACUAGAUCUGUCAUGCUGUUGAACUAGCGAAAUCGAGGAUUGUACUACGAGGCCAAUAAACUUGUCAUGCGGAGCAAACAAAGCUGGUAGAUUUGUCUACGCACAUUUCCCAUCUUAAAACUAUGAGGAGGGGACGGCUUUGCUGAGGAUAUUGAAGUCGCUCCAGUAUUUUUUCCCGCCCAGUCGUGGCGUCUAGUACAACGUCGCACGAAUCUCGUGGAGGUCGUACUAGGCGCGGGCGCAGUGCCAGCGCCAAGCCCAAGGAGCACCUUCCCCGAGACGAGGACCACUUUGACCGCGAGAAGCCGUGCGCGAUUUGUCUUCAGCCGAUGAAGGAGGAGGAUAGCGUCUUUAUCACGCACGUUGACCCGCAGAACCAAAACGAGGUGGACGCGACGGCCACGCAAGAGCAUAUCUUUCACCGGGACUGCGUCAGCAGGUGGUUGGCUACACAGAGAAGUUGCCCCAUUUGCCGCGACUCGCGCGGGAUCCGCGGAAAGCCGAUGCCGAUUCUUUCCACGGCCCCACGACCUGUACUGAACUCCUCCAGAGCUGCUGCGACUGCGCGCGAUGUUAGUCGCAGGAGCGAAGCCGACUUUCGGGCCGCGCGGGCAAGAGCACCGCAGCGGACCUACCAGAGGGACCUUUGGAAUGCCUUUUUUACUCCCGGCAGAAACGACGACGCCUCCGCCGGCAGCUCCGUCGACGAUCUUCUGGGUUUGCAGCUGGAGCGAAGGCGCCGAAAUUGGGAAGGCGCCAGCGCUGUUGGGCCUACUUCUAUCAACGUCUACUCGAAUUCCGGGGGGCACUCCAGGCAGGCCUACCAUUCUGACGCCGAUGCUUUCGAAUUAUUCCAGCACCGAGCCGGCCUUCGUGGGGCGAUUGCAUCCAGCAGUAUGCAGCCUGCUGGAACAACCCAAGCCGCAGGGGGAAUAGACUCCCUAGGCUCCCCUCUUCUUACGUUUGUGCGCGAUCUUUUUGUCAACAGGCGGGAAGAUGACCUCCUUGGCAACGGAAUUUCCCCGCGCCUCCGUGAAGAGCUCGAGGACCUCCGAUGGAACUUCCUUGGGAGGAUGCCACGGGGCAGGGACUUUGACAGGAACUGGAACGCCGUGAGCCAAUAUGAAAAAGCGCAGCGGCUGUCCCGUGCGGGGCUGGGCCCGCACUACGCAGCGCUGCAGCGGCAGCGGGCAAUGGCUGCGGGGUCUUUCAGCAUCGGGAACAUGGACGUUAUGCGACAGGAGGAAGCUAUAAACGAAAUCUUCGUGACGAAGCUCCCCCCAGUCUGCGGUGAAGGCGAGAAUGUAAGAUGGAUCGAUGUCACGUUUUCUCGCCCUAGAAGAACUAGGGCCGCGGAGUAUCAAAAGGAAAAAUUCCCCCUCCCCAUAUCAAAACGAAGUUUCUGAUGCUGGAUUUGCGUACAGAAAUCAGAUUUGUCUUGCUGGAGAGGACUGCAGGCCUAUACUAAGCCUGAGUAGAAAGAGAGGUUUUCUGCUAGGCGGUAAGCAUGGCAAACGCCUAGUCUGUAGGGCCAACAGCAUCACAAACCGCCUGCAGAAUGCGGCGGAGCCUGUGUAGUUUCGGUCCUGCAAGACAGAGAUGAUUUGAGGUCGCAAAUGAGCAUUACAAAUUUCCUGAGACGUGCCUUUUCGAUAUGGGGAGGGGGGAUUUUUGCUUACGAUACGGAGGAUAUGAAAGCGCCAGCACCGAAAUUGACAAAGGUCUAUAAAAAUUUGUCGUGACGCAUGAAAUGCGAGUUCUUAAAGAGUGACCCUGUUCUUGCAGAGUAGCCAUGUCAGCAGGCGCCAAGCAACAUCUGGGCUGCUGACGAGAAUUAGAAUUGCAGCAGGGAGCCCAUUUGCACUAAACAGCAUGACAAAUUUGCUUCUGGCGCCGGAAAAAUUUAUCAUCAUGCAGUGUUGAUUUUGAUUUAUUAGAAACUCUGCUGCAGCUGUUUCAUCAGCUGGUGACAGAUACUUAUUUUCAAAUUUGUCGAUUUCGAACCUGGCACUGCCAUAGAGGAGGGCCACGAAAAUGACGUCCGGGAAGUAUCUAUCAAAUGCAAAAAUGUCUGGGUCUGGAAGAAUGGAAGGCUUGUCAUGCUUGUCUGGCAUGACCCGUGAUGCUUGUAAUGCAUGACCCAGCAUCACAGAUUUUUGGAAAGCUUCCUGAUGCCAGUUCCGCAUGACAAAUGCCCUCCUCGCGCAGCACUAAUGUGGCUCCUCUUGCUGGUCAUGCAAUACAGAUUUUUUUNUGGAAAGCUUCCUGAUGCCAGUUCCGCAUGACAAAUGCCCUCCUCGCGCAGCACUAAUGUGGCUCCUCUUGCUGGUCAUGCAAUACAGAUUUUUUUAGAGUCCAAAGUUAGCAUCACAAGUCCCAACUUUCCAGACCCAGACAUUUUUGCAGUUGAUAGUAUCCGUGGAGCUGGGGGUUUACUUUCGCGAACCGCUCAAGUUGACUUGCGUCUUCCGGUAUCAAAUGUAAAAAUGUCUGGGUCUGGAAGAUUGCCAGGUUUGUCAUGCACAUUUUGCAUGACUCAUGAUGUCUGUGAUGCAUGCCCUAGCAUCACAGAUUUCGUGAGGGGGGCUUCCUGAUGCCUAUACCGCAUGACAAAUGCUUUUUCCGUGUAGCAAAACUUGGACUCUCUUCGCUGCUCAUGCAAUACAGAUUUUUUUAGAAUCCAAAAUCAGCAUGACAAGUUGCAUUCUUCCAGACCCAGACAUUUUUACAUUUGAUAUCCGGUACCGUGCGACGGCGCUAGAAGACGGCCUGGAAGUGGUUUCGUUUUCUUUCCACAGUGUUGCACUCGCUGACGGGGUCGUCAUGGAAGUGCCAGACGAGAUGCGCCGACUUCAGUAA